GCCAUUCUCAUUCAGCCAAGCCAAAACAACAAUCGGUGGCAAACACAGCCAAGCAGUUGUCAAGUUGCCUUCGCUCAGGGCACACACAUUCAGCAUUCAGUCACUCAGUGAGUCAGUCGGUCGGAGGUGGUGCACAGCUGUCACACUCACCCAAAAUACUCUUUGGCUCUAGCGGUGUGUCGUGCGAAUUCAUUCUGGUGGCGACAGCCAUCUCUUGCGGAAAUUCUGACAAUUUAAUUUUUUCGGCUCUCGUUCAAGUGAUUAAUAAUCAAAGAAAAGAUAAUUCCGAGAAUUAUUUGCAAAGGAAAAUUCAAGCUUUUAUGUGAUAAUCAUAGUGGCCAAACAAUAGCAACAACAACAUAGUGCUGUGAGGGCUUUCUCAUCCUUUAGUGCUGUUUGAGUGUAUGUGUGUGUGUGUGUGGUGUGUGUGAAGGCUACACGUGAAAUAAAAGUUUAUGCUGUAAGGACACCCAAAAGCUCUUCUUGGGGCCCCCUGUGCGUAUGAGUAUGGGGUUGUAAUGCGUAGCUCAGGAUAAAUGAGAUAUAAAGAAAGAGCUUUACAUUGCCAAAGUGAUAACAGACUGUCGAUGACAACAAAAGAAGAGAAAAACCACAACAGAAAAGCACGAAAAUCGCAUAAAUUGUGUACACAGAGAUAAGAAGAAAAAAAGAAACAAAAAUUACAUAAAAAAGUAAAAGUGAAAAGCAUCUUAAAAAAGAAAAGUGAAAUUAGUACAUACAUAUAAGAUUUAGAAAAAGGUAGUUCACAAAACAAAAAAAAAAAGGAAACUAAAACCAAAUCAAGCAAAUAUUGAGUAAGACUGUUCAAAUUGUUGACAAUUUAUUAAGGCGCCUUGCAAGCAGCAUAUUUUGUUUCCCCAAAGAUUAUUUACAAAACAAUAUGGGAACCAUGCCUACCUUGGAGCAAAUCAAGUUGGGACUAAAAAUGGUUGACUUUAAAGUUCAACAACGACGUUAUCGCAGCAAAGAAAAGACCAUUGUCUCCACAAUUUAUGGCCCUGUAAAGGGAGUCAAACGCAAGUCCAUAUAUGGCGAUGCCUAUUUCUCAUUUGAAAAAAUUCCCUUUGCCAAACCUCCAAUUGGUGAGCUGCGUUACAAGGCUCCCCAGCCACCAGAACCAUGGACGGAAGUCAGAAGUUGCACAUCGACGGGACCCAAGCCGUUGCAGAAACAUUUUGUGUUCCAAAUGACGGAUGGUUCGGAAGAUUGUCUGUACUUAAAUGUGUAUACAAAGAAUUUGGAACCCAUGCGACCCUUGCCUGUCAUGGUUUGGAUCUACGGUGGUGGUUUCCAAUUUGGCGAAGCCUCACGCGAUCUCUAUAGCCCCGACUAUUUGCUACGUGAAGAUGUGGUAGUGAUUUCCAUAACCUAUCGCGUUGGUCCUUUUGGCUUUUUAUGCAUGCAAGAUCCUGCCUUUGAUGUUCCCGGCAAUGCCGGCCUCAAGGAUCAAGUGAUGGCUCUGCGUUGGAUCAAAGAGAAUUGUUUAAGAUUUGGUGGUGAUCCCAAUAACAUCACCCUCUUUGGUGACAGUGCUGGUGGCGCCUCCGUACAUUACAUGAUGUUAACCGAACAAACUCGAGGCUUAUUCCACAGGGCCAUAUGCAUGUCUGGCACUGUUUUGUCCCCUUGGGCGCAGACACCCCAACGUAAUUGGCCUUAUCGUUUGGCUGUGACUGCUGGCUAUACGGGCGAAGAUAACGAGAAGGAUGUGUUUGAGUUUCUAAAGAAUGCCAAAGGAUCGGAUAUAAUAAAGGCCAAUGAGGACUUGUGCACAGAUGAUGAGAAGAAAGAGCGCAUUGGCUUUUCCUUUGGCCCUGUGGUGGAACCCUAUGUCACCGAUCAUUGUGUGGUGCCCACCAAGCCAAUUGAGAUGAUGCGUAAUGCCUGGAGCAAUAAUAUACCCAUGAUUAUUGGAGGAGUAUCCAAUGAGGGUUUGCUGUUGUAUACUGAUACCAAAAAUAAACCAAAAUUACUAAAUGAAUUGAAUGACUGUCGGUACGUUGUGCCCUUGGAAUUGAAUAUGGAUCGUGAGAGUGAACUUUGUAAGGAGUAUGGCUACCAAUUGCGCACCACCUAUUAUGGUGAUAAUAUGCCAAGUAUUGAGACAUUAAACGAAUAUUUAUUGAUGGUCUCCCAUGAGUACUUCUGGUUUCCCAUCUAUCGCACAAUUUUGUCGCGCUCCGAGUACGCCAAAGCCCCCACCUAUUUGUAUCGCUUCGAUUUCGAUUCGAAACACUUCAAUCAUUUGCGCAUUAUUAGCUGUGGCAAAAAGGUACGCGGCACCUGUCACGGUGAUGAUCUCUCAUAUUUGUUCUACAAUUCCGUCGCGCGUAAACUCAAAAAGCAUACCAAAGAGUACAAAUGCAUCGAACGUUUGGUGGGCAUGUGGACACAUUUCGCUGCCCAUGGCAAUCCAAACUAUGAUCCCGAACAUGCAGACCUGUGGCAGCCGGUGUCGGCAGCCUCAUUGGAGAAACGUCAACUGAAGUGCCUUAAUAUAACCGAUGAGUUGAAGGAGAUUGAUGUGCCGGACAUUAAGAAAUUAAUGGUAUGGGAAAGCUUUUUCACACGCAAUGAAUUACUUUAAGCUCUCUCUCUCUCUCUCAUUACAUAGAAGAGAGUAUUACAAUUUGUUAAAUGUUUUUGGUAGACUAUCUAGCUACCUUAUAAGAAAAGAAAUUACAAGCUUUUAUUGGAAAUUAGCCAAACAAAACGGAUAAAAGAACAAUGCAUUAGUUGUAGUUUGUUUAUUGUGUGACAGAAGAAAAGCUUUGGUUAUAACUUUAGAAAAGUUGAGAUUAAAAAAAAAGCUUUAAAAGCUUUGAGAAAUUUAGGACUAUGCUUUAAAAGGCUAGGUGAUGUUUAAAGGUAAAGAAAAAGACAAUUUCUUUAAGAGUUUUUUGGUAUUGAGUUUUUUAUUCACAAACAAAUGAGUAUGCCUAUAUAAAAAUUUAAACGAAUACCUUCCAAGCUUUUUUAUUAGCUGGCCUAAGCAUAGAUAGCCAAAGUAGCACAAUUUUUUUUUUUGUAUACAAAUUUAAUUUAUUAAGAAAAUUGAGUAACUUUUGCUUUAACACUUAUUAUAAUAGAAAGCUCUUUAAGUUUAUAAGCCGCGUUUAGCAAAGACCAUUGGAAAUAUGAACAUUUUUUUUGAGUCCUAAGUCCAUUAACUAAUAAAAUUUUAAGUGCAAUCUUUAGAUAUUUUUCAAAAAAAAAAUAAAAAAAGAUGGGUUAACAUUUAGUGGUGUAAAUGUAAGUACGAUGUCCACAUAAAACUUAAAAGUUAUUUUAAAAACUUUUCAGCAAUGUAGCUUUUUUUACAGGGAAAUUGUGCUGAAGCUUUGCAUAGAUUCUUUUUUUUUUUUGGUCAGAUUAAGUAAAUCUUGACAUAGCCCCCAUAUAUACCAAUCUUGUGAUUUAAGGUCUUACACCCAUAAAAUAUGCAUUUCACCGAAAUAUGGCACUACAAGUUAUUAUAAGACCCUUGACAUACGUAACGGGUGGACUCAUAGAAAAAUUAAGCACGACCUAGACAAAGUAACCAUAUUGGUUCAUAAAGGUGAAUCAUCACACAGAUGUUAUUAGAUCACCCACAAAUAUUUAUAAGCCAACAACAGUUAUAUUGAACAAAACGUCCACAGUCGUUCACAUUCUGACAACAUUAAGUGCACAGUAUUUUAAAAGAUUGUAAAAAGAUUUUUUGUGCCGAUGAGUAUGGAAUCUGUGUUCAAUCAAUCCCGUUGCGCCUUGCCACAUUACAAAUACAAUGUUUCAAGAGUCAAUUAAACUAAAGGUUAAAGGUUGAUAUACAUCAGAGAAUCACAUGAGACCGAAAAUUUGGCACUCAAUAGCCACUUUGGCCACAGAAAUUGUCUGUAUCGCAUGCCACAUAAAAGCAGAGUUAGGUAAAAACACACGCACAAAUACAAUAGAGUGAGAAAUGCUCGAAAGUACUCGUUCAGUGGAUGUGAUUUUCAAUUUGGAUGUGAUUUUCAAUUUGACAUCAAGUUUUGUAGAGCGGCAUUGAUAUACUCUGUUGUUUAUUUGCACUUGCUUGGAUCAGAAUAUAUAUAUCGCCCGAUUUUCACUCCGAGAACCAAUUUUUGACCAAUUUUCCCAAAACUUCGUACAACGCUUUCCUUGACGACUUCCAUAAUAUCUAUAAAGAUUUCUAGAAAUCGGUUCAGAUUAAGAUAUAGCUUUCAUAUAUAUGUUCGUCCGAUUUGCACUAAUAUUGCAAUAAAAUGGUCUUUUGUUAACCGAUUCUCUCGAAAUUUGGCAGAAAAGAUUUUCUUUGUACUCUCGAUAUUACUGGUGAGGUAUAUGGAAAUCUGUUCAGAUUUAGAUAUAGCUCUCUCAUAUCGCACGAUUUUAACUUCUAGAGUCACCGGAAGCGAAUUUAUUGACCCAUCUUGCUUAACUUUUGCAAAACGCUUUCCUCGACGACUGCCACAGUAUCUGAGAAAUUUGCUCGAAAUCGGUUCAGAUUUUGGUAUAGCUCCCAUAUAUAUGUUAGUCCGAUUUUGAGAAAUAUUGCAAUAAAGUGCUAGUUUUUCAAAUGAUUCUAUCAAAAUUUGGCAGGAGGGAUUUUCUUAUGACUCUGGACAUUUCUGGUGAAUUUCAUAGAAAUCGGCCCAGAUUAGGAUAUAGCUGUCAUAUAUGUAUAAAGCCCAAUUUUUACUCCAAGAGCCACUGCAAGCGCAUUGUUUGGCCAAUCUUGCCAAAACUUGACGACUACCACAUUAUCUUAACAAAUUUGCUCGAAAUUGGUUCAGAAUUAGUCAGAUUUUUGGUAAUUUGCAGUAAUAUUGUCAUUGUUAACAGCAGUUAUUACAGUUUGAACAUAUCUACUCGAAAUUUGAUACUGAUUGUUUAAUAACCCAUUGGAAAACAUCCGCCGAGGUUCAUCAAAAUUGGUUCAGAAUUGUAUGUAGCUCCCACAUUGUACUUAUAGAAAAAGUGUAGGGUAUUAUACAGUUGGCAUCGCCCGACUUUUGCCCUUUCUUACUGGUGUUUGUUUAAUUUUGCAAAAAAAUCGAAUAUUUGCGAUAGUAUCCAUCGGAAAAAUAUCAAUCGAUAUUCAGUCAAAAAAAAACUAAAUAUCGAAAGUGCCAUCGAUAUUUUGUCAGCUCUAAGAUUUACAGCAAUUUAAACAGCAGACAGAAUUGUUGGCAGAAACCGCAGACUUGUGUUUUCUAAAACAGCAGUUAUGUCUGCUUUACCAGUUUCAGUAGACGAAAUCCAUUAUUUGAGCAAACUUUUUUGCUAUUUGGAAUAACAAAUUUCUUUGAGUGUAUUUAUAUGAUGGCAGCACACAAUACCUAUCGCUUUUCCAAUAUCUGAAAGAAAUAAAUCAAUGGGUUAUUUUAAAAACUAUCCUAAAAAUGAUGAUGUCAACUCCAUCGAUAUUGGGGCAUCUAUGUUUUGAUUCGAUUUGUCGUCCCCUAGUAGUUUUUUGUGAUCAAAACCUGCAGAAAAGAUGUACUAAGCUAUAAUUCUGUAUACCAUAGCAGCAUCAAACUGUAGAUACAUGAUCUAUUCCAAGUUUCAAUCCAUUUGUAUAAAUUGCUGUAAAAAUUUCCAAACAGAAUGGCGUAUGGCACGAUUAAAUGGAUCAGCCCCUAUUCCUAGGUUAUGGGUAAAAAAGUAGGGAAAAAUAAGGGGUUUAAUCUUAGGAAAGAUUGUUAAAUAAAACUAAGCUUUAUAAAGCUUAGAAAGCCUUAUGCUCCAUACCAAUUUAUUUGAGCUUUUGUUUUAAUUCCAACACAAGACUGGAAAAAGGCAGGGUUUAAUCUUAGGAAAGGUCGUUAAAUAAAACUAAGCUUUAUAAAGUUUAGAAAGCUUUAUGCUCCAUCCCAAUUAAAUUAAGCUUUUAUUUUAAUCCCAACUCAAGCAGGGAAAAAUGCAGGGUUUAAUCUUAGGAAAGGUCGUAAAAUAAAACUAAGCUUUAUAAAGUUUAGAAAGCUUUAUGCUCCAUCCCAAUAAAUUAAAGCUUUUAUUUUAAUCCCAACCCAAGUAGGGAAAAAUGCAGGGUUUAAUCUUUGGAAAGGCCAUUAAAUGAAACUAAGCUUUAUAAAGUUUAGAAAGCUUUAUGCUCCAUCCCAAUUAAUUAAAGCUUUUAUUUUAAUCCCAACUCAAGUAGGGAAAAAUGCAGGUUUUAAUCUUAGGAAAGGUCGUUAAAUAAAUUAAGCUUUAUAAAGUUUAGAAAGCUUUAUGCUCCCUCCCAAUGUAUUUGAGCUUUUGUUUGAAUUCCAGCUCAUUUUAAAAAUGUUUUUUGAAAAAUGUUCAAGUUUAUUUCCUCAAAGUUACAGUAAGCCGUACCAUGACUUCUUUUUCGCUAUAAAUAGUACUAAAGUUCUUCUGAAGAUGUCGCUGCAUAAUUGGUCAAAUUGCCAUAUCUCGAUUAGGUUUUGUACUUUUCUAUUUGAUGCACUAUUAUUUUGGUCAAUUCGAAAACCAGAUCGUAUAUGCACAUGGACCUAAGUCAUUUUAGGAAUAGAUCAGUGAUCGACGUACACAACAAAAUAAUCCCAUACAAGCUCAUGGGCUUGGAAAUAAGUUCAGCUGUGUUAGUGUGCUUGCUACAGGAAUAGAUCCACCUCAAAUCUUUUCUAAAUACGAAUGUUGUAAUAUAAUGUUUGCCUAUAUAUGGCUAUAAGCAUUAGAAGUGACUCCAUUUAUCGAUGCUUUUUUUUAAUUCAUAUAAAAAUGUUUCUAUUUUCAAUGGUCAUUGUUAAAGCUUUUUAUCUGUUUGGUUUAUUAUUUCAUUUAAAUUUAUAUCCCUCAGCUUUAUUAUAAUUAGUUAUACAUUUUAAUUAAACCUUUCAAAAUGUUUUGAAGCUUUUUAUAGUAACCAAAGCAAAAAACAUUUUUAAGUAUUUAGUUUUAGCCAUAAGUAAGUAUGUGACAAGUAGAAAUCAUUUGUGAUUUAUGAUCGAAUUAAGGCCAAGAGAAAGCUUUCUAGUUUUAUGAGAAAAAAAUAAUAUACAAAGAAAAACACUAGAAACCACCAUAAAACCUGUCAAAGGAUUUGAAGUUACUAUUCUAACUCAUAAAAUUAGCUUAUAUCUUAAAAAUUAAAAAGAAAAACAAAAACAAAACACGAAUGUAAUUAUCAAAUAUUUUUAUUAAAGACAAAGAUAAUGUGACGCAACUUAAGUACCUUUACAGUGAUGACACAAACGUUUGAAGUGUAGCGCUUAAAAGCGUUUCUAAACAAACCUCAAGGCGAUAGUGAAGCAGGCGAGAUAACAGUUAGAUAUGAUAUAUACAUAGAUACGAUAAUUAAGCUUAAUAGCUAGCCUAGCCUAAGUUAAGUGUAAACCUAUUUCUUCCGUUCCUAGAAAUUCCAUUAAAAGACAGUUAUUUAAAACAACAACAACAACAAAAUUUUUAGUUUGAAAUUCAGAUGGUAACUCAACCAAGAUUGGCAAAUGAAAAAAGGAAAGGAAAAUAUUCCAUUAAGAAAAAUGACACAUCUUUAAACGUUUCAUUUCACCUUUUUGUUGUAUACUCUGUUUUCUGAACAUUUUCUCAUUUUCGUAACAAUACCUAAUACUAAACUACUGUUAAACUAUUUCUUAGUGUUAAAUCUAUUGAUUGAUUAGUUUGUAAGUCGAUUGUAACCUCAAAGAAAUCCAAAUAAAAAAAAGCCCUCCGUCUUUUAAAUAAACAAAGUUUUGACCCCAUACUUGCAUAGCUCUGUGGAUGAGACCAACAAAACCGAAACAUUUUAACCAAGUACUCCACCUGCAAAAGUGAAACAAAGCCGCCAAUUUCGUAUGGGCUUAUUCUUAUCUUAUAAAACUAAAAGUAUUAUUAAAUAAAAAUAAUAAAAGAAAAAUACAACAACAGUCAUGCCAGCACACUCGAUAUAACAUUUAUGAAGCACCACAUUCGUGUAGUUUUUUUAUGUCUAUGGAUUUAGGAAAACCAUUUUUAACGAAGACAAAAAAUCCUAACAGCUGUGUGCUAACUGUUAAUUAACAAUAUGUAACAAUAUUUUUUGGCUAAUGAAAUUAUUGGAAAAGAAAAAUUGAAAAUAAAGUGAAGAAAACUCUUUGAAA